GUUCGGCUUCUACAGAUCCAACCGAGAGCACGCAAGAGCCUAAUGCACACUCAUUACACUUGAGUAGGUAUGCUUUAGUGUUUGAGCUUUUAAUUGAGCAGGUUCCCCUUCGAAUGAGGCGCGGUUAGAGCGAAAUAAGCGGCGGUGGGGUUUGAUGAGGAUGAGGAUGAAGAGCGUGAGACACCUGUGAUUACAUUCAGCAGCAUCAGUCACUGAGAUGUUCAGCUCCAGCAGCACUAUGACCGAUGGAGAUUACGACUAUCUGAUCAAACUCCUGGCUCUGGGAGACUCCGGAGUGGGCAAGACCACCUUCCUCUACCGCUACACCGACAACAAGUUCAACCCCAAGUUUAUCACCACCGUGGGCAUCGAUUUCAGGGAAAAGAGAGUGGUGUAUACGACGAACAGCCCCAAUGGAACGACAGGGAAGACGUUUAAGGUUCACCUGCAGCUUUGGGACACGGCGGGACAGGAGAGGUUUGAGUUCUUCAUAAAUGAUUCUGUUUCAUUUACACUAAAACCUGAAACGAUGACUUUUAAAACUGCUGUACUGCAUGUGUGUGUGUGUGUAGGUCAGCUCCAGGCUAACGCGUACUGUGAGAAUCCAGAUAUUGUUCUUGUGGGUAAUAAAGCCGAUCUGUCCGACCAGAGAGAAGUUCAGGAAAAACAAGCAAAAGAACUCGCGGACAAGUACGGUAUUCCCUACUUCGAGACGAGUGCGGCCACCGGUACGGAGGUGGACAAGGCCGUGGUCACGCUACUGGACCUGGUGAUGAAGAGGAUGGAGCAGUGUGUGGACAAACCCGCGGCCGACACUCAAAACACGGACGGCACCAGCAAACUGGACGCUGCGCCGGCCAACGAGAAGAAAUGUGCAUGUUAAAGACGCAGGCAGUGGCCUUCCUCUAGCGGACCGUCUCAGAGCGCCGGCAUCUCGCACGCCCGUCUGACCCACUGUAUUACAGAUAUGUGUGUGUGUGUGUGUGUGUGUGUGUGGACAUGUAUAUUUCCCAUUGGAGAGUUUGUGAGAGCUGUCGUACUGCCUCGUGAUCUUUAACAAACCCUGACAAAUUUAUACUGGAUUACUUAAUAAACUAUUUGCAAAUGCAUCUCAAGUUUUGAAUAAUUAACGCUUUUGAACGAGUCUCUUAUUGUCAGCAAGGCGACGUUUAUUUGAUCACAAAUCCAGUAAAAACUGUGAAAUAUUAUUACAGUUUAAAAUCGCUGUUUUCUAUGUGAAGAUAUA